AAGACUGUGACUGUGAAGGAUAUUUCAAUGGACAGUACAUAGCUGGCUUACGCAGGAGCUUUAGGUUAAGUCGUAAAGAGAAGGAGAACAACCUGAAUGAAGGAAAGCAAGCGGAACAGGCAGAUGCCACAGAGUUCCUAACAUACGAAGAAGUCACCAAGUACCAGCAGCAGCCUGGUGAACAGCAGAGGCUUGUGGUCUUGAUUGGUUGUUUGGGGGCCAGAUUAAGUGAGCUCAAGCAGAAGGUUGUGUCAGAGAACCCACAGGAGUAUGGUGUUGCCGUUCCACAUACAACCAGGUCAAGAAAAAGUCAUGAGAAAGAGGGAGUUGAAUACAAUUUUGUCUCUAAGCAAUCAUUUGAGACAGAUGUACAGCAAAACAAAUUUGUGGAACAUGGAGAAUACAAAGAAAACCUGUAUGGUACAAGUCUGGAGGCAAUCCGGUCUGUGAUGGCCAAAAAGAAGGUCUGUUUGGUGGAUGUGGUACCUGAAGCAGUAAAGCACUUGAGGACUCCUGAGUUUAAGCCUUAUGUUAUCUUUGUGAAGCCUCUCAUUUCAGACAAGAAAAAACAUGUCCUAAAAUCUCCUGUGUCAGAAGAGAUCUCAGCCCCCUUUGAUGAAGAACAGCAGGAGAUUAUUAAUUCAGCAGCGUUCAUUGAAGAGCAGUAUGGCCAUUUAAUUGACACUGUACUGGUGAAAGAAGAUCUCCAGAGUGCAUGUAACCAGCUGAAAACUGUGUUGGAGAAACUCAACAAGGAUUCAUUUUGGGUGCCGGUCAGCUGGGUUAGGUCAUAGCUUGCUACCAUGUUUAAGGGAACAUUAGUAUAAAAAUAUCUUGUAAAUACUUGAGUGAAAGAAGGGAAAUAUGUCCAGUUCAAAACUUCCGUCUAGAAGGCAAUACAUAAAGACUGUAUGAGGAAAAACUAAACAAAGUCAGAAGCUGA